AGUAUCGCGCUGGCUGAUGCUGUCGUGCUCACUCAUGCGCGGAUUCCCCGCUCGCCUCCUCGCGCACACACGGAUCCGUCAACCGGAGACUCGCGCAGACCGCGGAUGGUCAUGCCGUGAUGCUGUGACGCGCACGGACGCGCCAGCCGUGUUUGUGAACCGGAGAUGGUGAGGAUGAUGAUGGUGAUGAUGAUGAUGGUGGUGGUGGAGAGCAGCGGGUCUCUCCUCCGGUUACCGGGGCUCGUGAUCAGGCUCGCGGUGCUGAUGUUUGUCGCCGGCUCGAGCGGGAUGCCGCACGUGCUUAGAUUCGGUGGGAUUUUCGAGUCGAUCGAGAGCGGGCCGUCCGGACCAGAGGAACUGGCCUUUAAAUUCGCUCUGAACACCAUCAACAGGAACCGAACGCUCCUUCCGAACACAACGCUCACCUACGACAUCCAGAGGAUCAACGUCUUCGACAGCUUCGAGGCCUCCAGGAAAGCCUGCGAGCAGCUGUCUCUGGGCGUGGCUGCGAUCUUUGGCCCCUCCCACAGCUCGUCAGCCAAUGCAGUGCAGUCGAUCUCCAAUGCUCUGGGCGUCCCACAUAUUCAGACGCGCUGGAAACACCAGGUUUCAGACAACAGAGACUCCUAUUACGUCAGUCUAUAUCCUGACUUCUGCUCGCUUAGCCGCGCCAUCCUGGACCUGGUGCACUUCUUCAGGUGGAGGACUGUGACUGUGGUGUACGACGACAGCACGGGUCUGAUCCGCCUGCAGGAGCUCAUUAAAGCUCCGUCCAGAUACAACAUCCGGCUGAAGAUCCGACAGCUCGCCGCCGACACCAAGGAUGCCAAACCGCUGCUGAAGGAGAUGAAGAAAGCCAAGGAGUUCCACGUCAUCUUCGACUGCAGUCACGAGAUGGCCGCAUGGAUCCUCAAACAGGCUCUUUCAAUGGGAAUGGUGACAGAAUAUUAUCAUUACAUCUUUACGACACUGGAUCUGUUCGCUCUGGAUAUGGAGCCGUAUCGCUUCAGUGGCGUCAACAUGACCGGUUUCCGCAUCUUGAACACGGAGAGUCCGCAGGUUUCCUCCAUCAUUGAGAAAUGGUCAAUGGAGAGACUGCAGGCACCACCCAAACCAGACUCCGGUCUGCUGGACGGCUUCAUGACGCUGUCUGCGUAUCCGUCUGCAUAUCCGUCUGUGUAUCCCUCUGUAUCUGUCUGCGUAUCCGUCUGUAUCCUUCUGCGUAUCCGUCUGUGUAUCCCUCUGUGUCUGUUUGCGUAUCCGUCUGUAGCUGUCUGCGUAUCCGUCUGCAUAUCCGUCUGUGUAUCCCUCUGUGUCUGUCUGCGUAUCCCUCUGUGUCUGUCUGCGUAUCCGUCUGUAUCUGUCUGCGUAUCCGUCUGCGUAUCCCUCUGUGUCUGUCUGCGUAUCCGUCUGUAUCUGUCUGCGUAUCCGUCUGUAUCUGUCUGCGUAUCCCUCUGUGUCUGUCUGCGUAUCCAUCUGUAUCUGUCUGCGUAUCCGUCUGUAUCCGUCUGCGUAUCCCUCUGUGUCUGUCUGCGUAUCCGUCUGUAUCUGUCUGCGUAUCCGUCUGUAUCUGUCUGCGUAUCCCUCUGUGUCUGUCUGCGUAUCCGUCUGUAUCUGUCUGCGUAUCCCUCUGUGUCUGUCUGCGUAUCCGUCUGUAGCUGUCUGCGUAUCCGUCUGCAUAUCCGUCUGUGUAUCCGUCUGUGUCUGUCUGCGUAUCCGUCUGUAUCUGUCUGCGUAUCCGUCUGCGUAUCCCUCUGUGUCUGUCUGCGUAUCCGUCUGUAUCUGUCUGCGUAUCCGUCUGUAUCUGUCUGCGUAUCCGUCUGUAUCUGUCUGCGUAUCCGUCUGUAUCUCUGCGUAUCCCUCUGUGUCUGUCUGCGUAUCCAUCUGUGUCUGUCUGCGUAUCCGUCUGUAUCUGUCUGCGUAUCCGUCUGUAUCUGUCUGCGUAUCCAUCUGUAUCUGUCUGCGUAUCCGUCUGUAUCUGUCUGCGUAUCCGUCUGUAUCUGUCUGCGUAUCCGUCUGUAUCUGUCUGCGUAUCCGUCUGUAUCUGUCUGCGUAUCGUCUGUAUCUGUCUGCGUAUCCGUCUGUAUCUGUCUGCGUAUCCGUCUGUAUCUGUCUGCGUAUCCGUCUGUAUCUGUCUGUAUCCUCUGUAUCUGUCUGCGUAUCCGUCUGUAUCUGUCUGCGUAUCCGUCUGUAUCUGUCUGCGUAUCCGUCUGUAUCUGUCUGCGCAUCCGUCUGUAUCUGUCUGCGUAUCCGUCUGUAUCUGUCUGCGUAUCCGUCUGUAUCUGUCUGCGUAUCCAUCUGUAUCUGUCUGCGUAUCCGUCUGUAUCUGUCUGCGUAUCCCUCUGUGUCUGUCUGCGUAUCCGUCUGUAUCUGUCUGCGUAUCCAUCUGUAUCUGUCUGCGUAUCCGUCUGUAUCUGUCUGCGUAUCCGUCUGUAUCUGUCUGCGUAUUCCUCUGUGUCUGUCUGCGUAUCCGUCUGUAUCUGUCUGCGUAUCCCUCUGUUCAGUCCGUACGAGUGGUAUAAUCCUCACCCCUGCAACCCGGACUCAGACGUGGUGGAGAAUAACUUCACACUCCUCAACAGCUUCUGGUUUGGAGUCGGUGCUCUGAUGCGGCAGGGCUCGGAGCUGAUGCCCAAAGCUCUGUCCACCAGGAUCGUGGGCGGGAUCUGGUGGUUCUUCACACUCAUCAUCAUCUCCUCGUACACCGCGAACCUGGCUGCCUUCCUGACGGUGGAGCGCAUGGAGUCGCCCAUCGACUCGGCCGACGACCUGGCCAAGCAGACCAAGAUCCUGUACGGCGUGGUGGAGGACGGCGCCACCAUGACCUUCUUCAAGAAGACGAAGAUCUCGACGUAUGAUAAGAUGUGGGAGUUCAUGAACAGCAGGCGUCAGUCGGUGAUGGUGCAGAGUGUGGAGGAGGGUAUCGAGCGCGUGCUCACGUCUGAUUACGCCUUCCUGAUGGAGUCCACCGCCAUCGAGUUCGUCACGCAGAGGAACUGCAACCUCACACAGGUCGGAGGACUCAUCGACUCCAAGGCCUACGGCGUCGGGACACCCAUGGGCUCCCCGUACCGGGACAAGAUCACGAUCGCCAUCCUGCAGCUCCAAGAGGAGGGAAAGCUGCACAUGAUGAAGGAGAAAUGGUGGCGUGGGAACGGCUGCCCGGAGGAGGAGAGUAAAGAGGCCAGCGCUCUGGGCGUGCAGAACAUCGGCGGCAUCUUCAUCGUGCUCGCCGCCGGGCUCGUGCUGUCCGUGUUCGUGGCCGUCGGGGAGGUGCUCUACAAGUCCAAGCAGAACGCGCACAUACAGAAGCGCUCGUUCUGCAGUGCGAUGGUGGAGGAGCUCCGGGUGUCUCUGAAAUGUCAGCGGCGGAGGAAACAGAAGCCUCAGCCUCCCGCCAUCGUCAAGACUGAGGAGGUGAUUAACAUGCACACCUUCAACGACAGGAGGCUCCCGGGGAAAGAGACCAUGGCCUGAGCGCUCCUGCGGGACUCCUGCCACUCUCGUCCAGACGACGGACACUAAGAUGUUUCCUGUGGAAAUCCAGCGGUCCAGAACCACGGAGUCUUCGGUCCCGAACAGCGGAGGCGCUCGGACACACACUCCUCAUCAAUGCUGCUGGUUUGGGUUUCUCUGUGAACGACCUGUAGGAUGCUGUCAGUGACUGCGUUUACAUGGGCAUCAAAUUAGGUAGCUUAAAGGGGAUGUAUUAUGCAGAAAUCACUUUAAAGGGUAACAGUGUGUGAAUAUAACCAGCUUCUAAUGGUCAAAAUUACGUACGUGUCAUCAGAGGGGGAAAACCCCGCCCACUUAUGACUCCCUUAUUAGCAUAAUCAGCCCUGAGUGAGAAGCAGCCGUCUGUCCAUUAGCCAUUAGAGUGUUCGAGCUGCUGAAGAUAAUGUCAGCAUAGACUAAGAGGAUUAUAGAUGUGGAGUUUUAGAUGAAGCACAAAUGAACAGACUGACAGAAGCAUUCUCACACAUAUUUGACCUUUUUCACACUGAUAACAUUAGUCCUGUUUUGAAUCUGCCACUAUGCUGACACACAGGCGUCUGUAGCUCCGCCUUCUUCUGAAAAGAGCUCAAUCUCAUUUGAAUUUAAAGGGACAGUCACCAAAACGUCACAUUUUUCAUCAAAGCCUAAAAAGGUCAGUUUCAGAGAGCU